UGUGUUCAAGGAAACGAGAUCACCGAGCCCGCAGUUCAUUCCAAUCAAGCGGAGAGAGCGAACAUAUUGCGACACAUGUAAUAGGAUCCAUCAAAGCCUCCACUAUUGACCGAGUGGUGGAAGUGUAUCGUUAAAGAUGGAACCAUUGCAUUCGCAACCGAGUCAUCCUAAUUGUUUGGCCCGGUUGGACCGCUUCAGUGCCAGUGGACAAUUAAAGAUCUAGCCUAAACCUGAUCCUGAUGGUUCUGGAGCUCAUUCGCCACACACGUAGUUGAAUGACGCCAAGGAGGUUGGACGUGACUGACAUUCCAGCAGAAAGAACUCUCAUUUUGAGCCGAUCAAGCCUCACGUCAAGAGAAACAGUUUCUCUUGGAGAUUCCUUUUGUGCGAGAAGCUAGGUGAAGGCUCUUGAAAUUAGAAGAACAAAGCGGUUCAUUCAAAUCCGAGCACGUUCCAUAGAUUGACGGCAUCAAGUCCAUUUUACGAUUCACGGAAACGAGUGAAGAGCCAAUUUCUCAACAGGCUUUGCAAGUAACCCCAUCCAGAGCAUCUUGCAUCGGUCCAAGCAAGGAACGCUGACCGGGCGUUCUCCAUCCAAACGGGAAAUGGAGUCGGAACUCGAAUUGGACGACUACUAUGACGUUGCCAACCACGAUAUGGUUCACGAUAACCAGUCGGUUCCUUGUCCGGAGCAAAAACUCAUCAACGAAACAUGGAUUCGCGUUGUGAUCAUCUUGUUCUAUUUGAUCAUAUUCGUCAUUGGGUUCUUCGGGAAUAUGUUGGUGAUCCUCGUGGUGGCCAAAAACAAGGUCAUGCACUCGCCGACGAACAUCUUCAUCGUGAACAUGGCUUUGUCUGACGUGUUGAUGUGCGUCUUUGCUGUCCCGUUUACGCCCAUUCAUUCGUUUAUGCCUGAGUGGAUGUUUGGGGAGGUUCUCUGCAAACUAUUCCCAACCUCUCAGGGCGUUUCUGUAUACAUGUCCACCUUGACAUUGACGUGCAUUGCCGUGGAUCGGUACAUCGCCAUAGUACACCCGUAUCGUCCUCGUAUGGAGAAUAAGACGUCGUACACGUUGGCGUGCAGCGUGAACGCCCUGGCCGUCCUCUUUACCGCCCCCUACGCGUGGUAUAUGACCGUCAAAGAGGAUCCCGAAACGGGACUCUUACUGUGCUCCGAAUCCUGGUAUGGCAUGCCCAGGACCAUCUAUGGAGCUUUCACCAACAUCAUGCAAUUUGUUUUGCCUUUCACCACCAUAUUUGUGUGCUACAGUGUGAUCAUGGCUCGUUUGGCCCAACGGUACACGACUCGACCAGGAGCGUCGCGUCAAUCUGCGGCCAAAGAGGAAGCGGAAAAAGAGCGGAAGAAAAAAAACAACCGACUCUGUGUGUCUAUGGUGGUCAUUUUCGGCACCUGUUGGUUCCCACUCAAUGUCAUCAAUUUCCUGGCCGACAUCGAGUUGUUUCCCAUCUUCUGUUGGGACUACUACCAUUUCACGUUCUUCAUGUGCCACAUCUUGGCCAUGUCUUCGAAUUGCUACAAUCCAUUUCUGUACGGGUGGUUGAACGAAUCGUUUCGAACAGAGUUCUUGAAAAUGAUCCCAGCCUUGAAAACUAUUUGUGGCGGCGAUCCAAGACGACCCGCUGCUGUCAAUAAUUGCACCAGAGACCAUCGGAAUGAUCAGAAUGGAAUGCACCGCAUUGGACAAGUCAAUCCUUUGGAAGAGCCGGACGCACCCAACGAUCUCGUGGAGAACGCAGACGAGAUCCCAAUUUUGAUCCAAAAUGGACAUGAAAUGAAGGAGAUCAACAUCGAUAGAGUGUAACCGGGCAUUUCUCAAAUUGGAUUGUUCAACUCCACAUACUUAAUGACAUACGUGUAAGGCAGACCAAUUUCAUAUGGAGAGAUGCCAUAUUUUUUAUUUGCUAUGUCUUCUAUAGAAA